GUAAUUUUCUGGGAUACGUCGUUUUCGAACGAAGGCCGUUCGGUCCGAGCUCGAUCAUGGAUCCUGAAAAGUUUCCCUCUGUUAAGACAACCUCAACAGUUUUUUGCAUUUCUUUUACAGGGCUGCAAGAAUCAAGUUUCAAGUCAAAAAUGCCACAUCACAUGAGGACUGCUUACUAUUUUGAGACGUAGCAACAUGGAUGUGUAAGCUCAGGAACUCGAUUUAAUCUAUGUUGUGUAUUUGGAAAUCUUACAUCAUGGGCUAUAUACGAACGAACGCAACCAUCCGAGAGAUUGAUCUACUGAAGGACCUCUUCGAGACAAGAUGACAAAUUAUGUAUCUUUUUCAGGGUCCUUUCGUGCCCCUUCUUCGUCAUACAUGGUACCUUCGACUUGUGUUGGUUGUUAUUUCUCACUUAGACUCUGCCCUUUCGGUGAAAGACACGCACAUUUGUAAAUGCGAGGAUUUUCCCGUAGAAGACCGUCCGUUUGUAGCGAUAUGGAACGCCCCGACUGGUGGUUGUUCUGUCAACUACAGCAUCAACAUAAACUUGAGAGAUUUUGAUAUUUUAGAGAAUCCGAUGCAAAGCUGGGAUGGAAAGUUUGUUACGGUAUUUUACAAUGCCCAGCUCGGCCUAUAUCCUUACUAUACCAAUCCUGAGGGAACAAGAAGUUAUAAUGGAGGAAUGCCUCAGGUUUGUAAGGUUAAUGUUAUCAGUCAGAGCAAUGUUUAAUGUUUACAUCGUUUUGCUGCAGGUCAUUAAAUGAUCUUCCCUUGUAGGCAAAACAUGAACACGAUAAAAAAUAGACUUUUUCCCUACUUAUAGUUUUGCAUUACAAUACUAAUUUUUGUCUGAAGAUUAACAUAAACUGUGGACAACAGGUAGUCAUUAUAUUAGUAAGAGGAAAGUGUCAACUUUUAAACACUGCAGACUAGGUUAUAUUACUCAGACUUGCAAUUGCCACUAAAUACGUAUAUAUACCUGUAUUAAGAUUUCAUGUUAGAUGUAAACACUUUAAAAUGGUAAAAACAAAUAUUCAAGCUAAAUUACUAGUAGUAAAUUAAAAGAGUGAUAACUAGUUAAAAGCUAAUCAAGUUUAAUAUGUCUAUAGCAUAGUCAAGGAUGUUAUGGCAAUAAUGGCAGAGACAAGUAGAAACAGUUAUUGAUCAAAUGACAGGUUUUAUGCCAACAACCUCUAAACACCUUAAACCAUUAAAUUUUUUUGAUUUUGUUAGUGAAGAAAUACUGGGGCUUGAUUUUGUCAUAUUGAUACAGAACAAAUAAGGUUACUUUUGCAGGGUUAAAUUUAAUUAACAGGGUUUUUCGUUAAGAAUUCUAGUAGCAGGAGAAAAGUGUAGUGUUAGAGGAGAAUAUUUUGAAAGAGGCCCACAUCUGAGUAAAAAAAUUGUCAUAAGAUAUUGAACAUCAGCCAGAGAUGUUGCUCUGAACAACAUGGGUAAGAUAACACAGGGUUAGUAAGAAAUUUGAAUUCAGAUAUAAAAGCUUAAAAAGCAAAUUCAGUUUAAUUCCUUUGGUCUGCAAUUUGGUGAUUAGAUGCCUUAAAAAAUAAGGAAAAUUAUGCGAGGAAAUGCUAUUAAACAAAAGAAAAAGAAACCCAGGGCUCAUUUCAUAUACCCAUAUUUUUGUGGAGUACCCAUGCAGGGUUUGUACUGGCUCUCAUCCUGGGAAGUAUGUACCCUCAUCCCCUCUUAGUCCAGAUUUAUUAUUAGACUUACUCUCCAAAUUCAAACCCAUGUCUUGUUAAAAAUGGCAAAAAUACUAUAGCCUUUAAGAAAAACAGAAAAGUAUAGAGCUGUGUAAAUAUGAUAAUUACAGGAAAGAGCUCAUGUUUGGAUCCCAGGCAGUAUCCAUCACAAAGCUUGAACCAUCAGAAUGAGUUGUGUGUGCAAGAAUUUUUGUGCUUUGAACAAGGCAUCUCAGGAAGGAGGGAUACCAAAUAACAUCUUUGCUUCUAAUUUAUGUCUCACUCCCUAAUAUUGUUUUUAUUGAUUUAGCUUAUAAAUUUGCAAGCUCACCUCAGCAAAAUGAAAAAAGACAUUAUCAAAAAAAUUCCUGACCCAAACUACAAAGGACUGGCCAUUAUUGACUGGGAAGGAUGGCGGCCCACUUGGCAAAGAAACUUUGACUCCAAACGGAUUUAUCAGAGUAGAUCAAUUGAUAUUGUUCAAGACAAGAACCCUGAAUGGUCAAUGGAAGAAGUAAUUUGGGAAGCAAAAAAAGAGUUUGAAAGAUCUGCCCGUCUGUUCAUGGAGACCUCUAUAAAGUUAGCGACAACUCUAAGACCGAAAGGUCUCUGGGGAUUUUAUGGAUUCCCAGACUGUUUUGGUACCAGUGAGACAAAUUAUCACUGCUCUGAUGAGGUAAUAUACCGAGUAGAUAAUUAUACAGUGUUUAAAAAUUAACACAAUGUAUUUUAUAAGUGGAAUGUGAUCAUCCAGGUAAGUUUAGUCCUGAAUAGGACUGUUGUCAGUAGUAACUGACAUUUUCACAACCUCUGCAGUGGUCAUCUUUAGAGUCAAAAGUCCUAUUACUGUGUGUGCAAUGAUCUGUACUAUCCCAUUACUGGUAGUUUAAGUAAGGCCAACAGCCAUUGGGUCAGAGACUUUUGUUAAUAGUUAUGAUCAAACCGAUAACAGGAUCUUUAUUUUUGUUUUGUGUUAUUUUAGAACAAGGAAAUAAACGACAACUUGAAAUGGUUGUUUGCAAGCAGUACCGCACUUUAUCCUUCUCUCUAUAUCUAUGACAAACAACCUUGGAAUAAAGCAUUUGCAUAUGGAAGGUUGGAAGAGUCAUUUAGACUAGCAAGUUUGGUUUCAAAAGAGACUGAAAAAAGUUUGCCUGUGUUUCCUUAUUUUCGUCAUUUGUAUGAAGGAAAGCCACUGGAGUUUGACUAUCUCACUGAUGUAAGAAACAUUUCUCUUGUAUUUUAUUUUAAGUUAUUAUAGAGACAUAACAUGUAAUAAUAAUAAUAACAAUAAUAAUAAUAAUAAUAAUGAUAAAACACACAUAUUUCACUGAUAACAAUGGUAACUAUUAAAAUCCUAUUCACAAUUCAGAAAUUCACUUUAAAAAAAACUUUUCCAUCAAAACACUAUUUUCAAUUCCUUUCGUUUAAAAAAAACACUUAGUUUUGAUUAGAAAAAAUUCAUUUAAUCAAAAAAUAUAUAUUACAAUAAUAAUAAAAAAAGACUAAAGUUAUGAUAAUGAUAAUAAUAAUUAAUAACAAUAAUAAUAAUAAAAUGUUCUCUUCAGGUCUUUACACAUGUUGUGUUUAUGUUACAGGUCAAAAUUAUAAUAUUAUUCAGGUUUAAAUAUUUUAACAGGUCUAGGUUUCAAGGUUGUCAAUUUCCUUCAUUUCCUAGCCCUAAUUCGUGAAUAAUCAGGCCUUGGAGACAAAAGAAUUUGACAAUUAACCUAGGUUAACAAAUUUUAACCUGAAUUUUUUCAUUUUUUAUCAUAUUUGGCAGGGGCACUGCAACAGCAUGAGGCCAAGUACUUUUUAUUUAACUCGUAACAGUCCCCUUCCUUACACCACCAGGGACUAUGUCCCCUACUCUUUUCAGCAGUGUGGGUUCUUUUACAUCCCCUUCACGGCUGCUUGCUGUCAGUUCCUUUUGAACUGCCACCAAUGCUUGUCUAGUAAUUAGUAGACUUUGACCACAAAAUGGCUUGACUAGCUUCAAACAAGGUGGGUUUUUUUAGCAAAAUUCCUAGGGGAAGGGGGGUGGAGAGGCAGGUGGGUUAACCCUUGAAGUCCCAAUACUGAAUAGUGACCAACAUCAAUUUUCUCCUAACAACAUCCAUACAUAGUCAAGAGAUAAGGUUAUGAGAAUUAAAAAUAAUUAAUACUAAUAAUAAUUAAUUAUUAAUAACUUGAUCACUUACAGUCACGGCAGGUCAAGCAUACCCCCAAGAUUCUAUUAAUGAAUUGAUUAUUUGAAAAAUGAAGCCAUUAGUCGUUCCCGUAGCUGGAGUCAAAUUCACAUUGGCAUUCCUGCAUGUGUAAUGAGCAGUGAAUAUUUUACGAGAACUUCUCUGUAUUUGGUCAGAUUGAAAAUCUUUGAAUGGAUAGAAUUACUUCGAAGACUGCCAUUCAGGGUAACUGAGGUGGUAGAAAUUCCAUAUUAACUGCCUUGCAUGUGAAUUUAUGGCUCAUUAAGCAUGCAAGAAUGUAGAGACGAAUCUGUAAUCUACAACUACCAACGGUUCAAUUUUCGAAUAAUAAAUUUAUUAAUGAAAUCUUGGGGGGUACACUUGAACUGGCUUGACUGUAAUAUGGGAAACUUCUGUGAUCUUCUAUCAAAUAGAUUCUAACUCUCAACUAACUUUUUUGGGAAAAUGUAUGGAGGUCAGUCUGGAGAAUUAUUAUGUGGAUAUGAUUGGGGCUGAAAGGGUUUUGAAAAAAACAAGUUUAACCAAAGGUGAAUAAUUUUAUCAUCUGACCACUCUCAUCAGGUUGAUCUUCAAAACACUAUUGGCCAGGCUGCAGAUAUGGGUGCAGCGGGUGUGGUCAUGUGGGGGAACAGGCGAGAUGAGAACACCUCCCCUAAAGUCUGCCAAGAUAUUAAUACUUACAUAGAGACAAAGCUGGGGCCUUACUUUGAGUCUGUGAGACACAGCCAAGAAGAAUGCAGUGAAAACAAGUGUAAUGGACAUGGACGAUGUGUAGAUAAAAAAUUAAUUCCCUCACAAUGGAUAAGUGAGGAGCCAUAUUUGUACACUCAGACGUGUCAGGGGUUACCAAGAAAAUUUGACCCCCGCAUUAGAAAGGACAGCACUCUUCUUCAACCGGAAGGUACAAAGCAUUUGAUUUUUUUUAUAAGUUAUAAAUUGAAGGCUGUAUUGAUUAAGACCUCAAGUGACUCUUAAAUAGGCAAUAUUUUUAAGGAGAAAUUUAGCAGUUCAUCAGGUCUUCAACCAUGCUUUUCUUUAAUUUGUUGUUCAUUCAAGUCACUGACCACUGUAAUAUCAUUACCAUGUCAGGCGCAGAUCCACAUUGGUUUCCACCGUUUUACAGAAAUCAGUCAGAUUUUACAUAAUGGAUAUAUUUUAAAUAAAGAUGAAAAACUUUCCAAGUUGCAAGGCUUCAUCCUAGGAGCAUGGAACUGGCCAAUAUCCUGUUUGAAUGACUUAGAAACCCAGGAAAGGGGAUUUUAGGGAGUUAAAAUCUAAAAAAUUUCACGGGAACCAUGCCCCCCGGAUCCCCCCUAGAAGCUUGCGCUUUUGGCACUCGUUUAAGAAAUCGGUGGGCAUAUAUCCUGGAUCCAUGCCUGCAUGUCCCAGUUGCUCUUUUAGCAAUUCAAACUAGCUACCUCUUUCUCUUGACUGAGGGCAUAUUUCACUGAACCCUGCAUUGCAUAACAGGUGCCUGUUACACAGGCUAUUUUCACUGUGAAUAAGUAGAGAAUUUUUUUACCAUUAAAAGUCAAAUUAUUUAUAACCUAGAUUCAUAUUCACUACUGAAGAAAGAAACAAUUUUUGCACCAAAAAAAAAAACAUUGUUGGGCAGCAUUUCCUUGCAGGCUGAGUUAUCUCACAGUUGUUGUUUUUGCAGUCACCAUUAGAAUAUUAUAAUGCAGUACUUUUAUUUUGUACAGUGGAAUCUUGAUAAAAUGAAAGGCCAAGGUACUGGCAAAAUUUCUUCGCUAUAACGAGGUUUCAUUAUGUCGAGGUUAUUUUCAUAUAUGUUACUAUUACUUGGGGAAAGAGUAUCGGUCAUUAUACUGCUGACUUUGUUAUAUAGAGAUUUCUUAUAUUAUGAGUUUUUUUAAAAAAAAUCAUUUUUGUAUUUGCUUUUUCAAUUAUGUAGUUCCUUUUAGAUGCAGAAUUCGAAUGUAACACUAAACAUUUUAACCAUAUCAGAUGCAUUAAUAUCAACGGUUUUGUUCACGCUAGUCUUUUAAAUCUUUUAAUAUAAUGUGCUCUGAUUUGUUAGACCCACAUGGAACAAACCAACCACAAAGACAUGGCCUGAACUCUGUACAGAGACAGUACUUAAUAAAAGAGCUGAGAUUGCUCAAUGCUUCAGGAUCUACUAAAAAGAUUUUUCUUAAUUCUCAUCACAAAAACUCCUCAAAAGACUUUGUAAUGUUUGUACAGUCCACAUCAGAUUCAGUUACAGAGGUGAACAAAGCACCCAAGGAACAAAAAGGAUUCACUGCAGGCGGAGUUGUGGCUACAAGUGGUCUACAUUUUCACGAUCAGUUGACAGAAAGGUACAAAUGUAGGAAGUGAUCUCUUUUACAUCCAAUUCAGGAGCGCAUCCAGGAAUUUUUUAUGGUGUGGUGAAGGGGGCCGGGGGGGUGGGUGGUCCAAACUUCGGUUCAGAAAGGACUGUUGAAUUUUUUUGUGGAAAAUUUCUUCUCACAGAGACGACCACGUGUUUCUCAAUCUGUGAACGCCGGUCCCCGUUGGCGCGGGAGAUACUGCUUUGCGAGCAGGGCAAGCAGAUCAUAGAAGGGUACCCAAAAACAAUUACAUUUUUGAAUAUCACUGGAAUUUAGUUUGGUGACAAAAUGCAACGUGCGUUUCAUUAAAAAAAGCAGCAGUUAUAAAGUAAUAUAUGAUCCUUUCGAUGUAAGAAUUUCAGUCUCAAACAAGCGUCAGGUCUGAUAGGGGGAUCAUGACCCCCGGACCCUCCCUCUGCAUCCGCUACUGCAACUAGAUAUCGCCUUUGCGAUGGCCUGCCGUGAUAGUAGGUCGGCAUAGGCUCUUUGUCGUUGGAGCUCAAGUGACCUUUCUUGCGCUUAAAUUAUGGGUUGCAACUCUAAAACCGCCAUAAAAUUCAGUGGCUAUGGCUCAGGUGAUCGGACUCUUCUGGUGGUUUAGACGACAUAGCAUUCAUUAUUUCUGUUUAAGAAGGAAAGCUCAUAUACUAGGAAAUUAAGAAGAACUGAGCAAAGCCAAUUUGCUAGGAAAAGAAGUGAGAAAAUAGAACUGCGAUUAUUUUUUGCUUGUAUAGUGAUUAGGGUUAAGUAUUGAUUUUGAAUGGUUUUACUCACUGUUUUGGAAACUUCAUAUAAAUACCGUAAAUCCUCUUUUAAACCCUCCGGGACGGGGGGUGCAUAUUUAUUUCAAACACAUGGGAGGGGCUUAAUAGAGACAGGGGGCUUAUUUAAUUUAGCAAACACGAUGGUAUCAGUUCUCCAUAAGGAACUAGAUUACAAAAUGGAUAACCUUAGUAAGAGUUGGAGGUCAUGUACCCAAGGAUCAAAAACAAAUCCGAACUUCCAACUGAUGAAAAAAACAUCGCAGAUCAGUCCACGCGAAAUUUUACAGUCGUGAUUGAUUAAUACAGUCUAUCAUUUUAUUAGUGAAGAAUAAUAAUGGGGAGGGUAGGGGGGGGGCUCAAUAGAGGAUUUAAGGUACCUAAAAAAUAAUAAACACUUAAUGACUGGUCCCUUGGGAAACAGUUAAUUUUGUUUCCCGAGAAUCUCAAUGUUUCAUUGAGAUUCUUGGGAAACAAAACCUCGAAGUAACCAAUGAGAGCGCACCCUGUUGGGAAGUAAUUUCCAGCUAUAUAACAACGGCUGUUAAUAUCGAUAGCUCCUCAUAGUUUAGUGUAGAGAUAAAUGUACUAAACUGGGUUAAAGGAUCCCCGGCUUCUUUUAAUUUAGCUUUUUUUCUGUUUUCUUAAUUUUAAGUUUCCUGAGUGUGUAGGGUUCAUGAGGUGUCCGACCUCCUUGCGGACAUGUCGCUUCGAAGCCUUCUCGCUACAUAGUCAUUUUGCAACAACGUUGACUAAACAAACUAUUGUAGUUUAGCAGUUGUAUACCUACGCAGUCUACAGAAACAGACCGUACGCGAUCUCUAAUCUCCAAAAAAAGAAGAACAAAGACUGUUUAAUACAAAAAUUUAAUCAGCGCGAGUCGACUUUGAUCUGGAGCGAAAUGACUUAUAGCGAAAGGACUUUUUGUGAAACGACCGGUAACCGUUUGUGACAUACAACAGGUUUAAACUGAAUCAAAUCGCUUUUAACUCUAUUCAAAUUCUGAAGCCCAGUUUUAAUGUUUUGUUUUCAGCCCAAGUUUUACCCAGACAGUAGGCAAAGGAGCUGUUAACAAGCUGACACUUUGUAAUGGAUCCACAUCCGGGUCCUCAGACUGCGAGAUCAUGAAAGAAAGUCCCUCCACUUUCUCGCGUGGUUUCCACUUUCCACACACGUACGUGGUGUUCCUGUGCGUGUCGCUUGGCUCUGCACUUUUCGUAUCGUCCGCUUUUAUUAUGAGUUACUAUUACUGCAAUGUUCGAAAAAGAGUAACAAUAGACGAGGAAGACGACGAUAUUCCUCGCGGAGACUGAUCACGCGCUGCGAAGCGAGGGAAAAGCGCACUGAUCGACGAGAGAACAUUUCUCUGUCAGUUCAGCCUCUCAAGAAGGGAGCGUUAGGGUCCACAGUUUUUGCGGUUUUAGCCAUUUUUAGGAUAGGUAUUUCGGAUUUAUAAGCGGUACUCGUAUUUUCCUUUUGGGUUUCGGUUUUUAUCGAACAAGAAAAUUUGCCCAUUUGGCUUUCCUUUCUUCAUGUCUGCACAGGCUUCUCAGCCCAGUCCUGCCGUAUGUGAAGUGAAUUUAAAACGAACCGUGGUCUAAUGACAAGGGGUAGAUGUAGAGUAUACGUUUACCGUAAAAGCUCAAAAUAUAUACUGUUCACACUGUUGUGAAAAUUGUGAAACAGCCCCCAUACCUAAAGCCAGGAGGGAACAAGGACAAAAGUAUGCACCCUGUUUCACACAAUAUUUCACAAAAAUGUAGAGAUUUUACUGCCCAGAACCAUUUGUGAAAAUGUACAGGACGACCCGUAAGUUCUUUUAAAACUAGCGUGGGUUUUGUUUAUUUGGCAUGAUACUAAAAGCGGGAACGGGGAACGGGAAAAUGAAAAAUGGGAACAAAACAGAAUUGGAAAUGAUAUUACUGAUAGGUCUAGGGUUCAAGUUAGGUUUUGUUCCCAUUUUUCAUUUCUCCCGAUUCCGUUCCACGUGCUUGUUCCCCGCUUUCCGUUUCCCGUUUUAAUUACAUCCGUAAAUUUGUUCUUUAUAAUCGUUGACAUCUGCGGUUUUUCUGAUCAGUCUUUAUGGCGGUUUCGCCAGUGUGGGUUGAUAUAUUUCUUGGCGGUUUCGUUCAGUAUCCCCCUUUGCGAGUUACCCAACUGGAGUUACUGCAACUCGUAAUAUGUCUUGAACAGAGCUUUACCAGUAGAACCUUUGAUAUAUCAACAGAGCUUGAAAGAACGUAUUCUCAUGCUAGAAAGACAUCGACCACAAUUCAACGUUCUCUCCAUGUUUUGUUUAUUUUCAAAGUUGUUUUGUAUAAUUUUAGACUCAGAAAGGCGUAGAACUAUUGUUCACCGAAUUCAAGUCUUUAACCAAGCUGUUUAAUUGUCAGUGUCUGCUGGUAUAAGGAAUUUGGUGCUAUUUUUGGUUUUGGACUGAACAAGCUAAUACUCUAGUAGAUGUUAAUUGAGUGCGACCAGAGGAGGCCGCGAUGCUAUUCUCCAGGUUCCUAUUACGCAUGCGUGGCGUGUAUGUAACCAAAUUCGUUAUUUGGACUUCCAAACGAGUAAGUAAACAAGUGAGAAAGAAUGGAAUGCUUAGAACGCAAUCUGAUCGAUGACACUCGUUUGGACCUUCUAUCGCUCGUAUUUUGAUCACGCGCGUUUUGACCUUCUAUCACA